UUAAUUAUAUCGCUUGAUAAAUCGUUUGAUUUUUUUUGUUGUAAUCGAUUUUAUAAAUUUAUUACAAGAACUUAUAAAAAAUAAUAUUUUUAAAAGAUCACCUACGGUGAAUCACUCAAACAAUAUAUCUUGUUUAUUAUUUAACAAAUAUUAACAAUUAUAUUAUUUCAUUGAUAUCUUUCAAACGACAUCUUUCCCUUUUCCGUUUACAAUGGCGGGUAAAGCCCUUACGAUUGUAAGCCAACGGCAUUGUAUUUAUACAAGUGUAAAAUAAGUAGAAAAAUAUGUUAGUACUUUAGCAAUCGUAAAACUAACAAUAUAAGAAAAGAGACAUUAAACGUUUAUAAUAAAUAUUAAUUCAGUAUGAAAGUAGGAGUACAUUCGUUAACACAUAACCCUACAGCAGCUUGGCGGGAGCUGUCACAGGAACAAAAAGUUAUUAAAAUUAAUGCCAAAGUUCCGACAAGCGAUGCUCCUAAUGAUAAGCUACGUGUAGUUUGUAUGAGUGAUACGCAUUCUCUUACGCCAUUUAUACAAUUUGAUAUACCUAAUGGUGAUAUCUUUAUUCAUGCUGGAGAUUUUACAAAAUGUGGUAGUUUACAAGAAGUUAUAGAAUUUAAUAGUUGGAUCGGAAAUUUGCCACAUAAACAUAAAAUAGUUAUAGCUGGAAAUCAUGAACUCAGUUUUGAUCCAACAUUCACACAUCCUUUUACUAUGCAAACUUCUGGGGACCGUCAUAAACAUACAGGGACUAGCAUUCUCGAUGGUAUACCCACGUUGGGAAUGUCAAAAGAUACUCUUGCAGAAGCUAUUAGGACAUCUAAUAUUAAAGAUUAUUUAAAAAAUUGUAUCUAUUUAGAAGAUUCUGAAAUAACUCUAUAUGGAAUUAAAAUAUAUGGUACACCGUGGCAACCAGAGUUUUGUAAAUGGGCUUUCAAUGUGCCACGCGGAGAACCUUGUCUUUCUAAAUGGGACAUGAUACCACCUGAUACAGAUAUACUUGUAACACAUACACCUCCUGUAGGUCAUGGAGAUUUAUGUUGUAGUGGAGUACGAGCAGGAUGCGUAGAAUUGCUUUCUACGGUACAGAAUCGCGUGAAACCAAAAUAUCACGUGUUCGGUCAUAUUCACGAAGGAUAUGGUAUUUCUUCUGAUGGAAAAGUCAUUUAUAUAAAUGCAUCUACAUGCGAUAUUAAUUAUUUACCAACUAAUCCACCAAUAGUAUUUGACAUAACAUUACCUUCUGGAUUUGUGAAGGAAUAAAUUAAUGAUUAAUGAUACUUUUAAUUAGAACUUAACGAAAUUUGAAUUUUUUUUGGUUUUGAUAUGAGAGAUUCAAGGAUUUAAUAUUUUUUGUGUAUAUAUAUAU